AUGUUUUUAGGAUAAUUCAAUUAAACAUUAAAUGAUUCAUCUAAACAGACUAUAGCAUAAUCAUAAAGAUUUCAAUUAUUAGAAACUACUCCUAAUUCCAAUACUCCUCCUAUUGAUUUUAAUAGAUUAUCAUAUCAAUUGUAGUUUCUGGUUAAAAACUUGGUCCCAAAAAUUAUAAAAAGAACUCUUUAGGAUUGUAACUCAAUACUUUACCUAUUCAUCAAUCUUAAUUAUUCUUUACUUCUAAUCAAUAAUAACCCUAAUAAAAUCAAUUCUUUCUUUUAUAAUAAUAACUUAUAGACAAUUACAAUUAAUAAUUUUAAACUAUUGUAUUUUUGA